AUGCAACGUCCACCUCGUCAAAUGCCACCACGAGGUCCUGGUGCCCAACAGCAAAGGGCUCCUAGGCCACAUGGACCAAGACCUGUGGUUUCUAGUGAGAAACCUGCAGUUCCUAAACAAAACCCAAUGGCGGGAGUGCAACAAGUUACAGAAGGAUUUAAAACUUUGGGUACAGGAGCAGAUGUUCCAGCAACACAAAUAGGGCGUGGAGCUGUCAGAGGUCGAAGACAACUUGAUCUUGAACAUUUUAGGACACCAAGACCUCAAUCUUCAUUGGGAACAGUUGGAAAACAGGGAACUUCGGGUCAGCCUGUAAAAUUGUUAGCAAAUUACUUUCCCAUAACAUCAUACACAAAUUGGUGUUUGUACCAAUACAGAGUUGACUUCAAUCCCGAAGAAGAUAAAAUAAGUACUAAAAAAGGAUUAUUAGGUCAGCACCGAGAACGUUUGGGAGGAUAUUUAUUUGAUGGGUCAAUGUUAUUUUCUGGUAGCCGAUUUGAUCCACCAAAUUUUGAACUUACUUCUACCCGGCGCUCAGAUGAUCAAAUUGUAGUAAUUUCAGUAAAAUUCACAAAUGUUAUUGAGACUGGUGAUUAUGCCAACAUUCAAGUCUUCAAUUUACUUUUGCGCAAUUGUCUUCGUCAUCUGAAACUAACAAUGGUUGGAAGAAACUUUUAUGAUCCAGAUGCUAAAAUUGAUAUGGCUCAAUAUAAGCUUCAACUUUGGCCAGGCUAUGAAACGACAAUUGGCAGGUAUGAAGACAACAUUUUACUAUGUGCUGAAAUUUCAACAAAAGUCAUGCGUCAAGAAACUGUAUUGGAUUUUUUAAAUCAGUGUGCUAAUGACAGAAACCGAAAUAAAGAUUGGAUGAUAAACUUUAAAAGUGGGGUCGUCGGUACUACAGUGAUGACUAAAUAUAACAAUGAAACAUACAGAAUUGAUGACAUAGAUGAAAAUUCUGACCCUACCUCCGAAUUUACUAAAAAAGAUGGAUCUAAAAUGACGUAUAUCCAAUAUUACAAAGAAAAAUGGAAUUUAACCAUUCGUACUGCCAGGCAACCAAUGUUAAUUUCAAAAAAUAAAAGAUCCAUACGACGAUUUGGAGAAGAAGAUACAUUGGUGUAUCUUGUUCCAGAAUUAUGUGUGAUGACUGGUUUAACUGAUGCCAUGAGAAAUAAUUUUACGCUUAUGAAAGAUAUGGCCAUACAUACCCGUGUGAAUCCCAAAGAACGCAUAGAACGACUAACAAAUUUUGCAAAUCGUCUUCUUAGAACACCAGACUCUGUAGUUGAAUUGAAAAGGUGGAACCUGACAUUGAGUAAUAAGCUUGUUGAACUAACUGCUCGUACUUUACAACCGGAACCAAUUCAGAGUCGUUCUAAAGGAUAUAAUGGUGGUGAAGAAGCAGACUGGACAAAACAUUUACGUGCUUUACCAAUGUUCACCUCUGCGAUUGUGAAGCAUUGGGUUAUUUUAGCUCCUAAGGACUGUCUUCGAGAAGUUGAUGCAUUUGCUCAGACUCUGGCAAAGGCUGCACAAGGGAUGACAUUUACACUACCUAAGCCUGCUAUAGUACCGAUGGCUGAUGGAAGAUCAAAUACAUUUUUAAACCAUUUGGAACAAGUAAUCAAUGAAUCGAAUCCAGCUUUGAUAUUAUGUGUUAUUCCAUCGGCACGUGGUGAUAUUUAUAGUUUGAUUAAAAGGAAAUUAUGUAUUGAUAGAGCAGUACCAUCGCAAGUAGUACUAUUGAAAAAUGUGCAAAAAAACAAUUUAUCUGUGUGCACAAAAAUCGCCAUUCAAAUUAACUGUAAACUUGGAGGUGCCCCUUGGCUAGUUACCAUUCCUAAAAAAGGGAUGAUGAUUGUUGGUUUUGAUGUAUGUCAUGAUAGUCAACGGAAAAAUAUAUCAUUUGGAGCUUUAGUGUCAACCAUGAAUGACUCUCAUACAAGUUACUUCAGUUGUGUGGAACCUCACGAAAGUGGAGAGGAACUUUCUGUUCAUUUUGCAACCGGCAUAACUAAGGCCUUGGCCAAGUACAGAGCUAAAAAUGGGUCAUUACCUACUUCCAUUAUUGUAUACAGAGAUGGUGUUGGAGAAGGCCAAAUAUCACAUGUUCAUAAGACAGAAGUUAGACUUUUACAGACUGCUUGUGAACAAGUUUACGGUCCAAAGUCUGUUCCAUUUGCUUUUGUUAUAGUUACCAAACGUAUUAGUGCAAGAUUUUUUGCUCCUACUAAUAGAGGCCCUGAAAAUCCUCGACCUGGUACAAUUAUUGAUACUGUGGUUACAGACCCGACCAAGUAUGAUUUCUUUUUAGUUUCUCAACAUGUAAGACAGGGUACUGUAACUCCUACACAUUAUCAAGUGAUUGAAGACACACUUAGACUUCCUCCCGAUAUUAUGCAAAGACUUACAUUCAAGUUGACCCAUAUGUACUACAAUUGGUCGGGUACUGUGCGGGUUCCUGCUCCAUGUCAGUUGGCACACAAGUUGGCAUUCCUCACUGGUCAGACCCUCAGACGUUCUCCACAUACAGGAUUGGAUGAGUUAUUAUACUUUUUAUAAUUGUAUAUUGUGAUAUGGCCUUUCACAUUACUAAUUUUAUUAACUACUUUUUAUGAAGUAAUAUUUAAAUAUUUUUAUUUUAUUGAUCUUUUGAUAGUGUUUAAUGAUAGAAUAGCCUUUUAUUUUUAGUUUAAUUACUUGUUUUGUCAUAUCACUUCUUAAUUAUUAACUUUAACAUUUGACAAUUUCAUUUUCACUUCCUAAAAUAGUUUUAAUAAUUACAAUUGUUAUUUUUUCAUUAUUGAAUAAAGUAAUGGUUUGAAAAUUUCCAA